ACAGAGAGAGAGUGGCCAUCGCACAUUCUUGUUGCCGAGAGAGAGAGAGAGAGAGACUCCUUACCCUCCGGCGGCUGCACUCCAUCUGCAUUGGUCUGAAUCAUGGAGAUCGAGUCGGCCAAGUGCGAGUGCUGCGGCCUGCGCGAGGACUGCACCAGGGAGUAUAUCGCCGGUGUGAAGGCGGACUUCGGCGGGCGGUGGCUCUGCGGGCUGUGCUCGGAGGCGGUGCGGGACGAGGUGGCCGCCAAGAAGCGGGGCGACCUGGAGGGCGCCGUCAGGGACCACAUGUCCUUCUGCGCCAAGUUCGGCAAGAAGGGCCCGGCCUUCCGCGUCGCCGACGGCAUGCGCCAGAUGCUGCGCAGGCGCUCCAGCGACAUCUCAGCCACCUCCUCCGCCGCCUCAUGAUUGCUCUACCUCUACCCCCUGAGGAGCGGAGGAACAAGGGUUAAAUGCACUGGCUGUGAAGAAGAAGAAAGCAGCCACUGAUCAAGCUAGUGGUGGCGCGGCGAAGCAAGCUUCUGCUGCUGCGCCGGUGAUCCUUGACAAUGGCAGGUUCUAGGAUCGGUUGGUAGUUUAAUGAAUCUUGUCACUGUACUAGCUAGUUGCAAGUCAGUGCCAUCGGCUUGGUUGUCCUCUAGCUCCAUUAGAGGGGUGCCAAGCGAAGCCUUCUCAGGCCUAGAAGAAGGCGGCUUCUUGAACGUUCGAGUUUUGGUACGAGGAGAGGUGUUGUACAACUUGAACCGCAAUCACAAUGUACCAUUAAUCGCUUCAUAUCAUGAAUUGAAUUUAUUUUUUUCUGCA